GCGCCUUUCUGAAGCAGUGGAUCAUCAAUCAAGAAACCAUACUCAUUCCUCUGACUCACCGGUCACUAUGCACAGCUCCGGCGGCAAGAAACCAACGAGCUCAUGCCAUGUGGUGGCGAUGCCGUUUCCUGGCCGAGGGCACAUCAACCCCAUGAUGAACUUGUGCAAAAUACUAGCAUCCAGAAGACCCGACGAGAUCGUCAUCACUUUUGUCGUCACCCAAGAGUGGCUUGGGUACAUCGGCUCCGAUCCGAAGCCGGAUAACAUCCGCUUCAGCUCAAUCCCUGACGUGAUCCCGCCGGAGCGGGAGAAAGCGGCCGACUUUCCGAGAUUUUACGAGGCCGUGAUGACGAAGAUGGAAGACCCGUUUGAGCAGCUUCUCGACCAGCUUGAACCACCAGUGACGGCCAUUAUAGGCGACGUUGAGCUAAGGUGGCCAACGGCGGUAGGUAACCGGAGGAACGUUCCAGUGGCAGUCGUAUGGACGAUGUCGGCGUCGUUUUACACUAUGUUGCAUCGCCUGCAGAUUUUCGCACAUGACCGACCUUUGUCAGCUGAUCCUCUGGAGCAUGUGCCUGGACUUUCCUCAGCUCAUAUGGCAGAUCUACGAACAGUACUUCAUGAAAACGACAAAAGAGUUCUUCAGCUUGCAUUGGACUGUAUAUCAAGAGUUCCCAAAGCAAAUUAUCUUCUGCUCACCACAGUACAAGAGCUAGAACCUGAAACAAUUGAUUAUCUGAAGGCUACAUUUUCCUUCCCUGUCUGCCCUGUUGGCCCCACUAUACCAUACUUCGAACUUAAAUCUGGUCCUAAUGACAACCUUCAGCAUCUAAAAUGGCUGGAUUCUCAGCCACCUGAAUCGGUACUAUACAUUUCUCUGGGUAGUUUCCUCUCUGUUUCUAACUCCCAAAUGGACGAAAUUGUUUCAGCACUGAACACAAGUGGCGUCCCAUUCUUCUGGGUGGCCCGUGGAGAAGCUUCAAGGUUACAGGAGAAGUGUGGUGAUAAGGGCAUGGUGGUUCCUUGGUGUGACCAAUUGAAAGUGUUGUCUCAUUCUUCCAUAGGUGGGUUUUGGAGCCACUGUGGAUGGAACUCCAUUCUCGAAGCUCUGUUUGCUGGCGUGCCGCUUCUGACAUUUCCUCUGUUUCUGGAUCAGGUUCCGAACGGAAGUCAAAUAGUGAAUGAGUGGAAGAAUGGGUGGAAAAUAGAGAGAUCAGAGUCAGAGGUUGGUAAAGUAAUUGUGAAAAAAGAAGAAAUAUCAGAGCUGGUGAGGAGGUUUAUGGAUCGUGAAAGUAGAGAAAGGAAGCGAAUCAGAGACAGAGCAAGAGAGCUAAAGGGUCUGUGUGUCCAGGCCAUUUCGGAAGGCGGGUCAUCUGAUGGGAACCUCGAUGCAUUUCUACAAGAUAUUGCUAAGUGAUCCUUUGACCAAGCAGUGACCAUUUCUUAAGAGACGUAGCACCAAUUAAUCUUGGCUAUUUUAGGGCUUGAAAUAAAUGAUGUUUUGGGAUUUUUCUUUUUAUUUUUCAGUUUGAGAUGGUAUCAUGAUAUCAUCCAUAUGUAUUCCAGAUCGAUC